UAUCCACCAGCACGCGUUUGCCCCGGCGACGUCAAAUAUCUACCACUUUUCGCUGCCCCUCCGUCUUUUCUCUUUCUUCUCAUCCUCCAGUCCCCUCAGCUCCUGUCUUCAGGACUAUCUUGCUCUUCUUUUUUUAACGAAACUUUUUCUUUUCAUGCCUCUUGACAUUAUCUCCUUCAAUCCUUUUUCUCUGUAGCUCAACCUAAUUAUACCCUUUUUGUCAUAUUCUUCAGUUCUACACAUUCCUCAGCCGUUCCCUGUUAUUCAAGAUGUUUGUCUACAAGAGAGACGGACGCAAAGAACGCGUGCAGUUCGAUAAGAUCACCGCUCGUGUGUCGAGGCUCUGUUAUGGACUUGAUCCUGAACAUGUCGACGCUGCUGCUAUCACCCAGAAGGUCAUUUCUGGUGUCUAUCAGGGGGUCACCACCGUCGAGCUCGAUAAUCUGGCCGCCGAGACCGCCGCGUACAUGACCGUCACACACCCCGAUUACGCUAUCCUCGCCGCUCGUAUAGCCGUUUCCAACCUUCACAAGCAAACCAAGAAGCAAUUUUCAUUGGUCAUUUCCGACCUCUACCACUAUGUUAACCCCAAGAACAACAACCCCGCACCCAUGAUUUCCCAGGAAACGUACGAACUUGUCAUGAAACAUGCCGACGAACUCAACUCGGCUAUUGUUUAUGAUCGUGAUUUCAACUACAACUUCUUCGGCUUCAAGACCCUUGAACGGUCGUAUCUCCUGCGAAUCAAUGGCAAGGUUGCCGAACGCCCUCAGCACCUCUUGAUGCGUGUCUCCGUUGGUAUUCACGGCAAUGAUAUUGAGAAGGCCAUUGAGACCUACCACCUUAUGUCCCAGAAAUACUUUACUCACGCAUCCCCGACCCUAUUUAAUGCUGGUACCCCCCAGCCUCAACUUGCCUCAUGCUUCCUCGUCGACAUGAAAGAGGACAGCAUUGAUGGUAUCUAUGACACUCUCAAGACAUGCGCCAUGAUCUCCAAGACUGCUGGUGGUAUUGGUCUGAACGUUCACCGGAUCCGUGCCACCGGCUCUUACAUUGGUGGUACCAACGGUACCUCUAACGGCCUGGUUCCCAUGCUACGGGUCUUCAACAACACUGCUAGAUACGUCGACCAGGGAGGUAACAAGCGUCCUGGUGCUUUUGCUAUCUACUUGGAGCCCUGGCACUCGGAUGUUUUCGAGUUCCUGGAUCUCCGCAAGAACCACGGUAAAGAAGAGGUUAGAGCUCGUGAUUUGUUCUACGCUCUGUGGACUCCCGAUCUCUUCAUGAAGCGUGUUGAGUCAAACGGUGACUGGACUCUAUUCUGUCCCAACGAAGCUCCCGGACUUGCCGAUGUCUACGGCGACGAGUUUGAUGCUCUCUAUGAGAAGUACGAGAAAGAGGGUCGCGGCCGCAGAACUAUCAAGGCGCAGAAACUCUGGUAUGCUAUUCUGGAAGCCCAGACUGAGACCGGCAAUCCCUUCAUGCUGUACAAGGAUGCAUGCAACAAGAAGAGCAACCAGAAGAAUUUGGGCACCAUCCGCAGCUCCAACCUGUGCACGGAGAUCAUCGAGUACAGCGCUCCCGAUGAGGUUGCUGUCUGCAACUUGGCUUCUCUUGCUCUUCCUACCUUCGUUGAUGCAGCCCGCGGCGAAUACGACUUUGGCAAGCUCCACGAGGUUGUGCAGGUCUUGGUCCGCAACCUGAACAAGAUCAUUGACAUCAACUAUUACCCCGUUCCGGAGGCUAAGAAAAGCAACUUCCGUCACCGCCCCAUCGCUCUUGGUGUCAACGGUUUGGCUGAUGCUUUCCUCGCUUUGCGCCUGCCUUUCGACUCGGCCGAGGCUAGACAGCUCAAUAUCCAGAUCUUCGAGACCAUUUACCACGGUGCUCUGACUGCCUCCUCUGAUUUGGCCAAGCAGCACGGCCCUUAUGAGACUUACGAGGGUUCUCCCGUCUCUCAGGGUAUUCUCCAGUACGACAUGUGGGACCGCACCCCUACUGAUCUGUGGGACUGGGAUGCCCUGAAGGCCAAGAUUGCACAGACUGGUGUCCGCAACAGUCUCUUGGUUGCUCCCAUGCCUACUGCUAGCACCAGUCAGAUCUUGGGAUUCAACGAGUGCUUUGAGCCAUACACCUCGAAUAUUUACUCCCGUCGUGUUCUGGCCGGUGAGUUCCAGGUGGUCAACCCUUGGCUGCUCAAGGACUUGGUUGACCUCGGCUUGUGGUCUGAUAACAUGAAGAACCGCAUCAUCGCCGACGGCGGCUCCGUCCAGAACAUCCCCAACAUUCCUGCCGACAUCAAGGCCCUCUACAAGACCGUUUGGGAAAUCUCUCAGCGGAACAUCCUUCAGAUGGCUGCCGACCGUGGCGCAUUCAUUGAUCAGUCCCAGUCCCUCAACAUUCACUUGAAGGAGCCCACCAUGGGUAAAAUUACCAGCAUGCACUUCGCAGGCUGGAAGAUGGGUCUCAAGACUGGUAUGUACUACCUGCGGACGAUGGCGGCUUCGGCUCCUAUCCAGUUCACGGUAGACCAAGAACAGCUCAAGGUUGAGGAUACCAAUGUCGCUCGUGCCAAUGCUUCCUUCAAGAAGCGCGCUACCGGGGGCGCCUCCUCCACUUACUCCGCUGUGCCUCGCGGCCAAAGUCAGGUCAACGGCCACAGUGACGAUGUCAACCAUGGUGCUGAGAGCCCCCGUGUUCUCGCCGCCGAUGUCACUUCCCGUGGCACCGAGGCUGAGGCUGAGGGCCCUCAGGAAGAGGAUUCCGAGAAGACGAGCGAGGAGCGCGAGAACGACAUCUACUCCCAGGCGGUGCUCCAGUGCAGCAUCGAGAACAAGGAGGCCUGCAUCAUGUGCCAGGGUUGAAGUAAUCAAGCAAUGAAGGGUAUAGUUAAUUCGGUCGGCGUCUGUGAUUUGGGAAUUUCAUGUGUAAUUAUAUUACGAGUUUGAUGGAUAAGGUUGUUGUUUUCUGACUAUCUUGUGGGUUUUCGAGUGUAUCUACCGGCUUCAGUUUUUUCUUUUUUUUUUUUUUC